UUUACAUCACAUUUCCUCACUAGAUGGUGUGCAAGACACUGGAGAACAGACUUCUUACAGUAUUGCUCUGACAAAACAAACCUGGAAAAGUCUCUGGAACGCCAUUUCUUGAGCUUUUUCACGGAGGGAAGAGCUGGAAUAAGAACACUAUUAGAGGCUUGUGGAAGAUAAGGAAGCAUUCUAGCAGUGAUGGACAUAAUGAUGAUGGUGCAGGAUGCGUGUUACUCUGGCCAGUGGCUUACUGCGGUCGUUCUCAGUCUCUGUUGCUUUUUGCCGUCCUGCCUGCCUGCUGGACAACGUGUGGACUUUCCUUGGUCUGCGGUGGACAAUCUGGUUGCCAGACAAGGGGACACUGCUGUUCUGAGGUGCUACCUUUCAGAUGGUGUCUCAAAGGGUGCUUGGCUGAAUCGGUCCAGUAUCAUUUUUGCCGGGGAUGAUAAGUGGUCAGUGGACCCUCGCGUAUCAAUUGUAUCGAGUAUUGGCAGUAAACGAGAGUACAGCCUGCAGAUACAGAACGUGGAUGUUCCUGAUGAUGGCCAAUACACAUGUUCAGUACAAACCCAGUACAAUCCAAGAACAAUGCAGGUGCAUUUAACAGUACAAGUUCCCCCGAAGAUAUAUGACAUCUCUUCUGACAUUGUUGUUAAUGAAGGCACCAACAUCACACUUAUUUGCCUGGCCAGUGGGAAACCGGAGCCUUACAUCUCUUGGAGACAUAUAACCCCAUUAGCCAAGACGUUUGAAACUGGAGAGUACCUAGUGAUAACUGGAAUUACUAAGGACCAGGCCGGAGACUAUGAAUGCAGUGCUGAAAAUGAUGCAUCAUUCCCCGAUAUGAAGAAAGUGAAAGUCAUAGUAAAUUUUCCUCCGGCAAUAUUGGAAAUGAAGCACGCUGGAGUGGGUGUGGGACGCACUGUAUUAAUAAGAUGUGAAACAGCUGCAGUACCAGCUCCUCUCUUUGAGUGGUACAAAGGGGAAAGAAAGCUUUCCAAUGGGCGACAAGGGAUUAUUAUUCAGAACUACAGCACGAGAUCUAUUCUCACUCUGUCCAACAUGACAGAGGAUCAUUACGGUAACUACACAUGUGUCGCUGUCAACAAGCUCGGAACAGCCAACGCCAGUCUGCCUCUAAUCCCACCGAGCACUGCACAAUAUGGGAUUACAGGAAGUGCUGAAGUUCUUUUUUCCUGGUGGUACCUGGUGCUGGCGCUUUCCUCCUACAUCAGCAUAUAUUAAAUGAAGAUCACCACUCACAAUGAAUGUAAAGAACCCUAAGAGCAUUCACGAAUCCUUUGAUAUGGUUGACGACUGGAUCCAAUCUGGUACAGUUUGUUAAAAGCAGCAUGGGAUAUAAUCAGCAUUACUUAAUGUGGGGAUGAUCACCUUCUGUAGAAUUGCUCAUUAUGUAAAUACCUGAAUUCAACUUUUUUUCUGAUUAUCCACAUUACCUUGUGAAUCAGUACACAUUGUCCUAUUCAAAACGUAAAAGCUCAGAAAUUACUUUUUAGUGGGGUAAGUGGGGGGGGGGGCCUUAAUUGUCAUUUUCAUGUUUGUUAUCUUUAAUGGUUCAAAAAUGUUAUGUCCUGGUUUGACAAGUCCCAUGUAAAGUAGGGUACAUUUGCAUAACAAUACUGCAGUCAGCAUUACAAGUGAAGUCAAGUGAAGUCAACAUAAAAAAAAAAAAAACACUAAUUUAAAUCCCAUUCCUUUUAAAAGCCAUUCCUUUUAACCCCUAUUUUGAGAAAAAUGUGUCCUACAAAAGUGUCUUGAUAUAAAAUGACCCAACAUCUGAAGCAGUGGAGACAGGCGCUCCAACAUUAAGUAAAGAUUCUCAGAACGUAGUUUGGUCAAAAACAUGAACAAUAAUAUCACUGAUGGUGCAUAUUUUCUUAGUUAUGGUUUUUAAAGGUUUAGCUGCUGGUCUUGGGAGUAAAAACAUUUCAAAGAUGAAAGCAGUCCACUUCUUGCUGUCUGCUGCGGUUCAUCCAUGCCCUUUUGAACAAGCAGUGCUGGAAUUACAUAAAAAGGGAGUGAGGUGGAACAUAAUAUGAACUAGACUUAUGAGUCAAGACUUAUUAAAUUGUGUCAGGUCUUUUGCACAGAUAAUAAAAAAAAGCUAUAGCCAGGAGUACUGCAUGUAUUACAUGGAUUGUUGUCCAUUUAGUAGUUGAAUUUGGAUAAGGCUGUGUGUGUGUGUGUGUAUAUAUAUAUAUAUA